ACGUUCUGCAAAGAAACCAUCGGCAAAAGGGAGGUCAACUCCUCUAGCGUCCAAAAGAGGUCUCGAACCUUCUCCUUCCAAAGCCACAGGAAGCAGACUGCCUCUCGCAUUGGAUGAAGUUGAUGAACGAUCCGAUGACGAACAUAUCUCUCCUAUCGAGAUCUCUAGUGCCCUCGCAGCUACACGCUCAAUGCCUGAGCUCAAUGAAUCGCUUGAGCGCCAAGAAUUUCCAAUAGCCUUCCUUCACGAUUUAGUCGAAAACCAAAAGAAGACACAAAAGGGUUCUGCCAUUCAAGGAUCUCCAGAGCGGUCCACAGAUGCAGAGACUCAGUCGUCCUUGUCCUCUCGAGAGUACCGUUCGUGGUCACGCUUCCAUCGUGGCCAUGCUGAAGCGAGCUUUCGCGUAAUGACUCAAAGAGCUGUUGGCGUGAAUCCUCCAGGAAUCACCGUUCAUUCUCAAUCACAGAGUGAUCAUGCUCCCCAUCAGAAUGCGUUUUCAGAGGGAAGGGGCGAUGAGCUGGAGGAGGAGACUCAACCCGUUACACUGGUGGUUGGUACACCAUCAUCCACGUCUGAGUUUUCUCAUUCAGAUAAAGCACUGGACAUGUCACAACUCAGGCGGGAUGGUCAGGCUCUACUAAAUUAUCCAGAUGAUGGUACAGAUAUCGCUACGCAAAGUAUUAGGGCUAGUGACGAGGUUCUGAUUCCAACUCAAGUGAUAACAGGUGAAGACGGUCAAGAAACCCUGGAUGAAUCUAAGAAUGGAUACUUGAUUCAGGGUUGUGAGAGGGGCUAUCCUGUUUCAGGGGAAUUUGCUGAGCUGGUGUAUCACCA